ACAGUUCAUUACAAUCGGAGUUGAACGAUAAACGUAAAACUAUUGCGAAAAUAUAACGCGUUAUUUAAAUAUAUUAUUGUUUAUGCGUACAUAACGUUUUCACUUAAUUCAGUGCUCUUGAUUAUAAAAAUCUGAUCAGUUUGGACCUUGUUUAUGAUAGUUGUGUAUAUUUCAUCCUACAUUUAUUUGUCUCAUGCAUGAGACAUGUAUUUUCGAGUGUAGAUAAUAGCUGUUCCUGUUUCUGAUUCUGCCACAUAAAUUGUUAUCAUUCUAAGAAGGAAUAUAUAAAUAAUCAAGAUGUGCGGAGGAUUCACCUGCUCUAAAAACGCGCUGAUCGCGCUUAACAUUCUCUAUGUGGUUGUGGCUUCAAUAUUGAUAUCUGUAGCGGUGUACGGGCAGACCUCGUCCCUGGUGAAUACCAACCUGCCCAUCUUAGGGGGUAUCCUGGCAUGCGGCGUCCUGCUCAUCUUGAUCUCGUUGCUGGGCAUGGCUGGAGCCGUCAAGCACCACCAAGUUAUGCUGUUCUUUUACAUGGUGAUUCUUUUCCUGUUGUUCCUGGUGCAAUUCUCAGUGGCCUGCGCCUGUCUUGCCGUGAACUCGGACCAACAGGAGAUGUUGGCUAAGCAAGGAUGGAACAAAGUGAACACGGAAGUGAAGAGUCAGGUGCAGGAGAAAUUCCAGUGCUGCGGGUUCGAGACUAACAUUCGCCCCCUCAAUGCCACAUCUGACUACCCCACCUGUGAUGCUGUCAAUAAACUUUGCUGCAUAAACUCAGUGGACAAAGACUGUGCCUGCGCCCCCUGCAUGGAAAAACUCAAGGAGCGUAUCGACUACGCCUUCAAGCUAUGCGGAGGCAUCGGGCUAUUCUUCAGCUUCACUGAGCUCUUCGCCGUGUGGCUCGCCCGCCGCUACCGCAACCAGCCUGACCCGAACUACAAGGAACCUCACGCUAUUUUCCCGAGGAAGAACUACUUAUACUGAGAAAAACCGAUAAUUUAGCCUCCACAACUUAGGAAUACACAGGUUUUAGUUUUAGAUAGUCAAUGAAAUGAUGGGCGAUUAUUUAUUUUGCCAUAAUGGAUUAAGACGCAUUUGUUAGUCAGUCAUUUCAAAAGUAACUUUUUAAGUUGCUUAUUCUAUCACCUAUGCCCAGUGUUAUAAACGUAUAAGUUACAAUUUUACAAGUCUAAACCGGCAAUAUUUGGCCUAAGCUUCGCGCCAAUGGUGGAUUGUGUGUCAGUCGCUUGAAUGUUGUCACUAUAAAAUUGUAACUUUAGGCUCGGGGCACUGUAUAGCGGAAGCACUAAAAAAUAAUUCUCUAUGACUGACGUUAUCAUUAUUCAGCCUAGGCUAUAUAAAUAGGUCAAACCAUGUCUACGUAAAAAGUCUUGCCAGAAUGUAAACUAGACAAAAACACUUUAUUUGUAAACCCAACCAUAAUGUUGUUGUUGCUAUCCAUGUAACACUUCAGAAUAAUUUUAUCUGUCAAUCUCUAAAAAAUACCUUUAUGCACGGACUAGAAUGAAAGAUUAACUUGAUUGCUUUUAAAUUGACUAUGUCUGACACUUUCUUUUACAGUGUGGUGAAUUAAGUGUAUGUGUUUUAUUAAAUAUCUGAAUUAACAAUGCCUAUUAUGGUUAUGUGUCAAAGUUUGUGUCAGUCAUACAGAAUAGAUACAUGUGACCAUAAGGUGGUAUGGCCAUCUAGAUGUUCUAGAUUAUUCAUCCUGCGUCCUAUAGAUACAUAGACAGACAAGAUAAAUAAUUAAAUAACUCAAUAUUUAUUAAUACUGUCUCGACUUCAUCCCGAAUUAGUUGUGGUUCUUAAUUUUAACCGAUCGUUUGCUGUGUGUCUGUAUCGACGAAUACAAACUAUUGUAAUGUUAUUAUUGUAUAAAUUGUAAGCCAUACGAUCUCAGGACGACUUUUCUGCGUACAAUUUAGGGCUCAGGUUCAUUGGUCGAACGGGAGCUACUGGCAUCAUCCCCUAAAGGAAGAAAAAAUAAAAUAAAAGCCACAUAAUGAAGGUUCGUAAUUUUAUGUCAUUCAUUCAAUGAUAUGCUGACAAAAACACUUCUAUGAUAUUUGAUAGAUCUUGUCCGUUGAAAAAGGUUACUAUUGGUCAUGUACCCGCGUCAAAGAUAGUGCUAAAAUGACAAUUAUUGACAUUUGAUAUUUCUGUACAAGUUACAAUUACAAGUACCUGCCAAUAACAUUUCUGGGUCGAUACUUAACAAGCGACAAUUGUCAAGCUAGUGUUAUAUGAGUCCCUAUUUCACCAAAUUGACAAUUGUCAUUUGCCAAUGACAAUUCACUGUACAUUUCGGGAUCACUUUACUUUAGAUUGGAAAAUUGUGUCAUCAAAGCAUUUUGACCCUGAGAUGCUUGAAUUGUUACCGUCUCUUACAACUUAAAACCAGACAGAAAUGGUUUUGUGAUUAGUUUAGUGACUGAAUAAAACAGCGUUUGGUUUUGACCUUAGAUACUAACUUUUGUCCUACAAACCAACAAAACAAACGUGAGCGGAAACCAUUCCUAGUCGUCCAAUGAAAAUGCGCCCUUAGAGAUACGAUGGUUGAUUCCUAGCAAAUAGUAUGUGUAAGUUGUACAUUUGUGUACUAGUCAGUAGUCUAAUUAUUUUGUAGUGUUUCUGGAUCCUUUUGCUUCCAGUAUUUAUUGAAUGUCAAAAUGAGUGAUACUUACGCGUAGGUACGUUUUUAUACAGUCAGGAUGUUAUUUUUUCUUUUACACAAAUCACACGGCCACAGUGCGCAAGCCUUGAAAAUUACAUCACAUUUGCUGCUUAUUGGUCCUUACCAAUAUAGAUCUUUCUAUACAAAGGCAAAAGUAUGCGAGCUCUAGAGAUGAUUCACGAAAAUAGUAAAUAUUUUUAGUGCUGGGUGGCCGUCGAUGAGGGAGUGUUGACCUUCCUUUUCAAAGAAAACCAAUGAAAAAAAUGACAUAGUUUUACUCACAAAGUGCUGCAUGCACAGAUGAAUGAACGUUACUGUUUAAAACUUAUUUUCAUUUCUUAUGAUUUCCGUGUAAAAUAACAAGCUUUAAUUGUAUACGCUGUUUUACGAUUAAUACCUACUUUAUUUUCUACCAAUGAUUUUAACAUUUUAGUAAAUUCCAUCCUUUACUAGUGUACAAAUGAGUUUUUUUAGAUAUCUAAGUCUUUGUAACUUCUAGUGAUGAUUAUUAUGUUGCAAUUUUUUAUUGAAAGUAAGAAUGACCAUGUCGAUAUAUAUUAUAUUAAAAUAUGUAUAUGUUUUAUCGUAAAUCAUUAUAUCAUUAACUAAUCAUUACUUAAUCAAAUAUUGUUGAACCAUCUACUUAAUCUAAGUUAUGAUUAAGUACAAUUCAAGCAUACCUACUUUUUUUGUGAUGUCUCUAUUAUUAUAAUUUAAAUUGCUGAUAAAACCUAUUUAAUAAAUGUAUGUUUUAGAUUUCACGCUUAAUUCUUCAACGGUCAGUCUUGUUUCACCAACUAUACAUUUCGGGGAAAUCAAGGAGCAACGAUAUCCAGCAAUAAUUGUCAACAAUAUGAUGGCGAAUUGUCAGUGUCAGAUAAAAUUGUCAAGUUGGUGAAAUAGGCUCCUAUUUCACAUAGGAUACGGAUUUGACAUAGACAAUAUCUAAAUAUUAUCAUUUCUUUUAUCGGUCCCGAAAAUUGUCAAGUGUUGAAAUAGACCCGAGCUUUAACUAUAGGUAGGUAGUACUUUAUCGCGGAUGAAAGACAUUAAUUCCUCAUUCCGUUGAAGUUAAGAUUAUCUAACGCAGUAGUAGUUGAACUCAAUUUAGAGGUUACUUCACAAAAGAUAUACCCUCGAUUAGGGUUACCAGAUGACAGGAAUUUUCCUGACAUGUCAGGAAUUUUUGCGUUUUGUCAGGAAUGGCGACGGAACACGAAAAUGUCAGGAUUUUUUUGAAUUAAUAGACCUUUUUAUAAAGUACCUUUUUAUUUACUUAAAUAAAUCCAAAAAACAUUGUAAAAAAAAAUAUGGAGAUAUCUCAUUACCCAAUCCACUCAACUUAUCAAUAACUUCGUAAUUAUUAAUUAACAAAUCUUUACUCAAGCAUACAUACAUAGAUGUUUUAGAAAUCGAAAGCAUGUUGCAUUUGUAAAGAUAACAAUAUAAUAAGAAGUAUCCUCUGCCUCUGCGAUUAAAAAUAAUGUACGGUAAAACAUCUUGUUUAAUAGCUAACGGUUAGACCUACACCCCCCCGUCGUCGUCGUCAUCGUCGUCAAAAAUAUGUCAGGAAAAAUAUUCGGAAAUCAAGAAUUUUGUCAGGAAAUUCUAAAUUUGUAUCUGGUAACCUUACCCUCGAUGCGAAGACACUCUAAGUGCUUUAUUUUUAUUAAAAGUAUAUCAGUAAUUAUAAUGUGUAUAUUAGCCAUUUGGACUUGUAUAGUAAGUGUACAGCCAACAAUAGAUGUAACCUACACGGCCGCGUUUAUUCAUUUACGGACUGGCAUACCACUCGGACAGUUCAUAGCGAAAGUCUGGAUCAGCAAUUAAAGACCGUGAUCAUGCUAAUCGUAUAACAGAAUAAAAGAUUUUCACACCAAUAUCAUCCGUGAAUUUAUCUGUUGCUGGCUGUACCUCGCAGUGGUAAAGCGUUCAAUAUUUAUGUAAAAGAUCACCAAUCACUGCCUAGCUAGGUGUCUAGACCAGUGGUGGGCAAAGUAAGGCCCGCGGGCCACGUCCGGCCCGCGAAAGGAUUUAUCUGGCCCGCCGCCGGUCAUUUGAAAAAUGUAUAAUAUGGCCAUCAAUAUAAUAAAAAUGCAUUUUUGCUGUAAAUUUGGCCCUCCUCUGAAGUUUCUUCAAGUUUCGGCCCCUCAUGAAGAAAGUUUGCCCACCGCUGGUGUAGACAAUGUAAGACCACUGGCGGUCACCACUCAUUAGCGCCUACUAAUUUACUGUAGAGCAAUUAUCCUCCACCACUCUCGUCCUACUCGUAUUUUUCUUCUUGGUGGGCCGCAGUGGGCUACCGCCUUGAAUGAAUAUGCAACUGACUGCAAAUAAACAGAAAAAGGGGGGAAAUAGUGAGCUGGGUUGAAGACAUUUGGCUAGCUUACAAGUCGGUUUAGUCAUUAUGUAUACCCCGUUUUUUAAAGAUUAGAAUUUUUGUAACCUCAAAAGUAGUGCUAAUUAACUAAAAGUGCCUUUAUAAGGCAGAGGGAAUAUAUUUCCCACCUGAUUUUGCACUUUAUUUCAAAGUAAUAGGGUUCAAUUUUGCAUAAUUUCUGGCACCCUUAUGCCUUUUUUCUUCCGCAAUGCUGGGGUUCCUAUGAUAUCUACUAUUGCGGUAUAAAAAUAUGUAAACGACACCAUAAUUCAGUGCAGUGCAUACCUAGUUACUCGGAUAUGAUAUUGGAGGAAAAAAGUUACUUUUGAGGUUAUAAAAUUUCUAAACACACCAUUUCCGUGUUCUUAUAACCCGGCAACCUUCAAAUCAAGAGUGAACAGGCACCUUCUGGGCGAGCUCGCUCCAUCGUAGGCCACGUCUACGCCUCGGCUAGUCUGUGGCCAUGAGUAAGCCAAUUCAUAAUAAUAAAAAAAAAAAACUAAAAAAACGCGGGGUAUAGUUUAUCUAACUUUAGUUCAUUGGCUGUUCAUAUGAAUGCUUUGCCACUGCUGGGUAGUUUUGUGAGUCGGCUUAGUCGAGCCUUGAAGAUUCGAGCCGUUAAGACUUGUGCCUGCAUGGCUACCACCAGCAUCGAAAUUAGAAGAUCGUCUAUCUGUUUCACUGUCGCUCUUGAAUUCAAGUAACAGAGAUGCCGAAUUGCCGAAAGAUGAUCUUCAAAUUUCAAGGUUUACCCAUCUGUUUUCAGUUUAACUAUCCUUUUUUAAUCUAAUUAAGGGAUUUAUCAUAAUAUAAGGCUCGGUCCAAGCUGGCUCAUAAUACUACCGUCGAGAGUUGUUACUGUGUGUCGAGUAUCGUUCGAGUUGUGCCCUUCCAGCUCCAUGUAUCUUCUCGGAAUAAAGUGUGUUGAGCAUUA